GGCCACCAGCUGUCGGAUCUUGUCCGGGUCCGUCUCGUCUCGGUUCUUCACGAAGGCUGCCUUCAGGCGCUCCCUGAAAUACGCCGCUCCCUGGGGAUACUCUCGGCCGAGGCACCAAAGAAAGCAAAGGUACGAGCAAAGGGCAGUCAGCACAUUCUCUGUUUCAUGAACAUAUUUUCAUUUGAUAAUGAAAUCAGUUCUGUAGUCAGAGAUCCAGAGUACACAGAGUCAGUGUGUGUCCACCCUUCUCCUUAGUAAUGUACCCAUUUCCAAGGGGAACCUAAACUGACCAAGGCUCAGAAGGCGAAGCUGAAGAAAGAGGAGGAGAGGCUGCGAGAGGAAGAGGAAGCCCGGCUACGGGCAGAGAGAGAGGAACAGGAGAGGUUGGAAAGGGAGAGAAAGCAGAAGGAGCUGGAGAGGCUCGAAUUAAAGUGAGAGCAGAGAGGUCGACCUGAAUAAGCUACGCCAUCUUCUGGAGAAGAAUCAUACCGCAGUAACUAAAUGGAGGGCUGAUGCUGCGGAGAAGGCCAAGUGGGAUAGGUACAUGCGUUGUGAUGGUAAACCUGACCCAGCAGUUCAGCAGGAUAUUUACACAUAUAUCAGCUUAUGGAGAGAUGACCCAGAGGUCAACAUCACACCUGUGCUCCAGCAAUGUGACUUCGCUCUCCAGCUGGUGGAGGAGCUGGAGAGUCUGCUCAGAGAAGUCACAGAUCCGAGAGAGGGCCAGAAGUACCAGGAGUCUCUCAGUAAUUUGCAGGAGUUAAUCGUCUUCAAACAGCAACUCGCCACUGAGGAUAUCCUCAAGAGGGCCAACGACAACAUUGACACCGAAACGGGCAACAUGCAGUCGGUGGUGAAAGAUGACAACAUUACACUCUGUCUGUGGGCCAACUUCAAAAAGAAUCCCAGGUUUAAAGAAUUUAACUUUGAAGAGGUCGGCCUCGGCUUCGAGCUUCCCAAACAGUUGGCUGUAAGCGAUAUUGUUGUACGGAUUCUCCACACGCACUAUGACCACCUGUCCCUGCUUGCCAGGAUGGCUCAGCUGCAAACACACACACCUAGCCACAGAUCGCUUGCAGGGGGCGACGAGGUUCAAGCAGAAAUCGAUCUGCCUGAGCAGGGGGAGGCAAAAGACGCUGGGCAGGCGCAGGAGGACGCCGGGACACAGCAGCGGAGAGUGGACGAGGAGUCGCAGUCCGUCCAAGGAUUAGAAGACAGGAAGAGUGCAAUCAGUCUAAAGUCGAGGACAAACAGUUCCCAGCUUGCAGAAGGCAGAGGGAGCCAGAUACUGACACAGAUGGAGGGAGUCAGUGAUGAGGGGGACUUGACCUCUUCCUCGGUGCAGGGCACAGUGGUGGACGUCAGUGAGAUUGUGCAGGUGGUGGACUUGAUGGAGUACACGCCUCUGGGUGGGGUCUUCUACUAUGAUGUGUUCUGCCUCCCACCACAAGCCCGCCACGUCCAUGGCUGGGAAAUUAGACAGGAGCUGGACACAGGGCUGCAGGUGUUCCCCUACCCCACAGAGUCGUUGGACUUCGAUGACAACGAGCCCGUCACCUGCCCGCCUGUCGGAGUGUCUGUGUCGCUGCCCGACUGUGUCGUCUUCUUGGAGACUCCCCAAGUGGCUCGCUGGGAUGCUGCAGGUAAACAGUGGCGGAUGGAUGGCAUCACGGAUGUCUCUUACGAGAAGGAAGAGGCCAAGGUCACCUUCAAGAUGGGCUCCUUCCAAGCUUUUGUUCUGAUGCAGGACACUUACGCCAACCUGCCCUUCCAGAGCUGGGAACUCAGGCCACUGGACAAAGACUCUGCUGUUUUCACUGUCAACGGAGCACUCAUCGACCUCAGCAUCACGAUCCAGGGUGACCGGUGCAUGCUGCAGACCGAGCAGGAGAAAGGCCUCUCUCACCUCCAAGGAAAGUGGAUGAGCUGCCCCGUCCUGCAGAGAGCCAUGCUCAGCGCAGGGAUCAACAUCUUUGUGAAUGAGUACACUGACAAAUAUGUCAGCUCCUUUGGCAAGGACCCACUUACAGAACAUGCCGCCUAUGAACAGAUGGCCCUCUUCGCCUCGGCCUGUGCCUUCUCGUGGAGCAAGUGGAAUGCUGAAUGUGGAGCCGGGCAUCUGGUCAUCCAGGGAUGCGAGCACCAUGGCAGCGACACUGUGCCUAAGGACUCGUGGAGUCUUUUCCUGCUGGGUGCUCAGAGGUAUCACAAGCUGGAAAUUACAGAGAAGAGUGAAGCCUUCUCUCCAGACCAUGACCCUGGCACUGAUUGUCACUCCACCUUCAUCCACAUGCUCCAGGACAACAUGAGCGCCGAUGGCAUAGCCAGGACCAGAGGAUCCAAUUAUCUGUUCGUCGAUACCGUACAGAAUCUGCUCUGUGCCAGCAGGCCCCUGAUGCAUUCCUAAACCUGCGUAAAAUGACUUGGUUGUUUUUAAAUGAAUUAAAUAUGUUUUUAACACCUGAA